AUGGCUGGGCCGGCGGGAGGUCGGGAGCUGUCGGACACGCCGACGUGGGCGGUGGCGGUAGUCUGCGCCGUCAUGAUACUCGUCUCCGUCGCCAUGGAGCACGCGCUCCACAAGCUCGGCCACUGGUUCCACAAGUGGCGCAAGAAGGCCCUGGGGGAGGCGCUGGAGAAGAUGAAGGCGGAGCUCAUGCUGGUGGGCUUCAUAUCCCUGCUCCUCAUCGUCACGCAGGAUCCCGUCUCCAGGAUCUGCAUCUCCAAGGAGGCCGGCGAGAAGAUGCUCCCGUGCAAGCCUUACGACGGCGCCGGCGGUGGCAAAGGCAAGGACAAUCACCGGAGGCUUCUCUGGCUCCAAGGCGAGAGCGAGACCCACCGCCGGUUCCUGGCUGCCCCGGCCGGAGUGGACGUCUGCGCCAAACAGGGCAAGGUGGCGCUGAUGUCAGCGGGAAGCAUGCACCAACUGCACAUAUUCAUCUUCGUGCUCGCCGUCUUCCACGUCUUGUACAGCGUCGUCACCAUGACCCUAAGCCGUCUCAAAAUGAAGCAAUGGAAGAAGUGGGAGUCGGAGACCGCCUCGCUGGAGUAUCAGUUCGCGAAUGAUCCAUCGCGGUGCCGGUUCACGCACCAGACGACGUUGGUGAGGCGGCACCUGGGCCUCUCCAGCACCCCCGGCGUCAGAUGGGUGGUGGCCUUCUUCAGGCAGUUCUUCACGUCGGUGACCAAGGUGGACUACCUGACCUUGCGGCAGGGCUUCAUCAACGCGCAUCUCUCGCAGGGCAACAGGUUCGACUUCCACAAGUACAUCAAGAGGUCGUUGGAGGACGACUUCAAAGUCGUCGUCCGCAUCAGUCUCAAGCUCUGGUUCGUGGCGGUCCUCAUCCUCUUCCUUGAUUUCGACGGGAUCGGCACUCUUCUCUGGAUGUCCGUGGUUCCUCUCGUGAUCCUCUUGUGGGUUGGGACCAAGCUGGAGAUGGUGAUCAUGGAGAUGGCCCAGGAGAUCCAUGACCGGGAGAGCGUCGUCAAGGGUGCUCCCGCCGUCGAGCCCAGCAACAAGUACUUCUGGUUCAACCGGCCUGACUGGGUCCUCUUCCUCAUGCACCUCACACUCUUCCAGAACGCGUUUCAGAUGGCUCAUUUCGUGUGGACAGUGGCCACGCCCGGCUUGAAGAAAUGCUACCACGAGAAAAUGGCAAUGAGCAUCGCCAAGGUCGUGCUGGGGGUAGCCGCCCAGAUCUUGUGCAGCUACAUCACCUUCCCGCUCUACGCGCUCGUCACGCAGAUGGGCUCACACAUGAAGAGAAGCAUCUUCGACGAGCAGACGGCCAAGGCGCUGACCAACUGGCGAAAGAUGGCCAAGGAGAAGAAGAAGGCCCGAGACGCGGCCAUGCUGAUGGCGCAGAUGGGCGGCGGCGCGACGCCGAGCGUCGGCUCGUCGCCGGUGCACCUGCUCCACAAGGCCGGGGCGCGGUCCGACGACCCCCAGAGCGUGCCGGCGUCCCCGAGGGCCGAGAAGGAAGGCGGCGGCGUGCAGCAUCCGGCGCGCAAGGUACCUCCUUGUGACGGGUGGAGGUCGGCCUCGUCGCCGGCGCUCGACGCUCACAUCCCCGGUGCAGAUUUUGGCUUCAGCACGCAACGUUGACCGAUCAGACAAGUUCCUUUUUUUUUCGGUGAAUAGAAGCGUAUCAUUUCAUUGAUAGACAGUAGAAAUUACAGGAAUGGCUGUCCUACUACUAUGUACACAAGGGCACAGCAAAGGAUCAUUGAUCUUGUUACAAGAGCAGUAGAAAGGGAUUGCUCUCCAUUGAUCUUGUUAAGUUGUAUGUCACAAAUUGUUGCAGAAAAAAGUGUAUGUCAUCCCAACCAAGAGCUGAGUUUGUGAU